UGCCCGCGGGAGGCGCGGGGGGAAGCGCGGGAAGAUGGCGCCCCGCGCCCUGCCCCCGCCGCACGCCGCCGUUCCCCGCCGCGGCCCCCGGGCGGGCGGGCGCUGACCCGGCCCGGUGGGCGGCAGAGAGGGCGGCGUGGCUCCCGGCCCAGCGGCUCUGCUGAUGGAGACCGCCAAGCUCAACCCCAUCAUCCGGGAUGUCUACGCGGCCGCUGGCCGUGUCCAGCAAGCCCCGGCUGCCGCCUCGGCGCGGAGGGGCAGUGGCUGCCGAGAGCUCAUGGUCAAGCUGACGGAGGGGCAGUACGUGCUGUGCCGCUGGACCGACGGGCUCUAUUACCUCGGAAAGAUCAAAAGGGUGAGCGGCUCCAAGCAGAGCUGCCUCGUCACGUUUGAGGACAACUCCAAGUACUGGGUCCUCUGGAAGGACAUCCAGCAUGCCGGCGUCCCCGGGGAGGAGCCCAAGUGCAACGUCUGCCUGGGAAAGACGUCGGGCCCCAUGAACGAAAUCCUCAUCUGCGGGAAGUGCGGGCUGGGUUAUCACCAGCAGUGCCACGUCCCGGUGGCGAGCGGCGGCGAGGGUCCGCUGGGAACGCCGUGGUUCUGCCGCCGCUGCAUAUUUGCCCUGGCCGUGCGGAAGGGGGGGGCCCUGAAGAAGGGAGCCAUCGCCAAGACGCUGCAAGCCGUCAAGAUGGUGCUGUCCUACAACCCCGACCUGCUCGAGUGGGACUCCCCGCACCGGACCAACCAACAGCAGUGCUACUGCUACUGCGGGGGCCCCGGCGAGUGGUACCUGAAGAUGCUGCAGUGCUACCGCUGCCGGCAGUGGUUCCACGAAGCCUGCACCCAGUGCCUCAACGACCCCAUGAUGUUCGGAGACCGGUUCUAUGUGUUUUUCUGCUCCGUAUGCAACCAGGGACCCGAAUACAUCAAGCGCCUGCCCUUGAGAUGGGUGGAUGUCGUCCAUCUCGCCCUCUACAACCUGGGCGUACAGAGCAAGAAGAAGUACUUCGACUUUGAGGAGAUCUUGGCCUUCGUGAACCACCACUGGGAUCCGCUGCAGCUCGGGAAGCUGACGGGCACCCCAAUCUCUGAGCGCGGCCCCCACCUCCUCAAUGCACUCAACAGCUAUAAAAGCAGGUUUCUGUGUGGGAAAGAAAUCAAAAAGAAGAAAUGCAUCUUUCGCCUGCGGAUCCGCGUCCCACCGAACCCCCCCAGCAAGGUGCUGCCAGAGAAAGCCCCCGGCGUGGGCGAGAGCGUCUCCUGCGAGCUGAAGAAGAGGGGAAAAAGCAAAUAUGUCCAUCAAGACAGCCUGCUGCCGCGGCAGCUCCAGCAGCAGAAGCGGCGAGCGGCACGGCGCAAGAGGGCCAAGUUCCUGCUGGAGGACGCCAUUCCCAGCAGCGACUUCACCUCCGCCUGGAGCACCAACCACCACCUGGCCAGCAUCUUUGACUUCACGCUGGAUGAAAUUCAGAGCCUGAAAAGUGCCAGCUCGGGACAGACGUUCCUAUCGGACGUGGACUCCACAGAUGCCGCCAGCACCUCGGGCUCGGCCACCACGAGCCUCUCCUACGAGUCCAGCCAGAGGACCGUGGGCAGCCGCAAGCGCAAGCUGGCAGCGCCAGCCUACGCCUCGGCGGGGGCGAAGAGGAGAGGUGGGGAGACGGGUGGGCGCCCGGCCGGGGGCACCCCCGAGGGCAGCGAGGCAGCCUGCGGCCCCGACCGCCCGGACGACGGCAUCGACAGCCACACUUUCGAGAGCAUCAGCGAGGACGACUCCUCGCUCUCCCACCUCAAGUCCUCCAUCAGCAGCUACUUCGGGGCGGCGGGCAGGCUGGUCUGCGGCGAGAAGUACCAGGUGCUGGCGCGGCGGGUGACGCUGGAGGGGAAGGUGCAGUACCUGGUGGAGUGGGAAGGCACGACCCCUUACUGAGCCCCGCCAGCCCCUAAACCUCUCCCGGAGCCAAACCAGAGGAGAUCGGGAUGACGGGGAAGCCCUCGCUGUGAAGUAGAGGAGGGGACGCUGGCCUGCGGGGAGGGCUGGGACCCCUCCGUGCUGGGGGUCCCGGCCGGGGCCGGCUCCCCAGGAACCGUCACGGAUGGAGGCAGUGCCGGAGCUGGUGCCGUCAGCGGUGCUGCCCAGGGGUGAAACCCGCAGCCUUGCCGCUGUAUUUUUUUUUUUUUUUUUUUUUUUACUUUAACAAUUGUUAUUUUAAUGGCCAUGUAUAUGCAAAGAGCGUGGCCCGGCUGCGCUUUCCUGAUGGAGCCUUUGGCCGAGCCCGAGGCACCAUCGCGGUGGUGGUAAGAGCAGCGAGUGGGUCUGGCCUUUCCAGAAAGGUCCCCCCCGGCAUGGCUGGGCACCCCUUGGGGAAGCCCCUUUGGAGGGCACCCCACAACCUGCUGGCGCAGACGGACGUCGUGCCGGUGCCCGGCACACCCUGACUUAUCCCCACGUCCAAGCCUUACAGAGCAGACUCGAGGAGGUCCUGCUGCUAAAGCAAAAAGCACCUCCCUCACCCGUGCUUUCACAGCCCGUCCCUGUGCCCAUAGGAAACUGUGGGCAACUCUCGCCAGAGCCAGUAUAUGGGGUUUUCCUCCUCUUCGUAAAUCCAUUCAUUAAAGGAAUGUGGUUUGUUUUAAAUGAGGGGAAAAUGCCGCGUAAACAGCCCACAUGCAGCCAGCUUUCGUGGCCGUGGGGCAGACGUACGUGGUUGCUCUCGUCCCGCAACCUGGACUGCGUGUGAUGCACCAGCUUUGUUUCCCUGUUCUGACAAUCAUGGUCUUGGAAGAGAUCGGCCAAAAGAUACGCCUUUGCCUUAAAACCACCACGGGCAUUUCGCAGACUGGAGCCCAAGGCCUUUGUUCCCACAGGAAUCUUCAUCCUCAAUGUGCCAAACGAGCAGACAAACCAAAAAGGCCGAAGAGGACAGCGGGAGCACGGGGAGGGGGCUGUACUGGGGUCCCCGUGGCCGUCCCUGUGGCCUCGUGGCUGUGCCUUGCUGGAGAGUGGCUGCGCUUUGUUACUGGUGUAGUGUCGAUGUUUGUGAACACGUGGGGUUGGUUUGUCUGCAGAAGAGAAGGAGCAGCCCCCUCCUUUAACUAAAGCAAUACUGCCAGCUUGUUCAGGAGCAAAGCAGUUGUCUUUCUAAAAAAAAUUCUACUAUCAUCAGACAUAUUUGUUAGAUUUUUUUUCUAAGAGAGAGAUAUAUAUAUUUUUAAUGUUGUCCUCCUUGUCUCUCCCCCAUCGCCACUGUGGCUGUCCCAUGGGGACUGAGGGUGGGCGAUGCUGGGGGGCUGCGUGGUCCUGCUCUGUCAGCACACCCUGUCCCUAUAGCCCCAUCGUUGUUCGUACACGUGCUUGCGGGAUCUGCCGACUGGAGGGUGAAUUGAAAAGGUUGUUUUACGGAAAAACUACUUGGGGAAAAUUCGUCAGUGUAAUCGGCAUGAGGGAGCAGGUGAUGUUUGCAAACCAGAGGCCAAAGUGUGGUCCUUAAAAAUAAACUUUGGCUUCAGCUACUGCUAAAAUAACGUAGUGGGACACCCAUGAAGGGGGAGUUUGCCAGAUGUUUUAAUUCAUCUAGCAGGCACCGGGUCUUUGUGCAGCUGUGAGGUGGCAGCACUGGUGACAAUGCCUUGUGUGGGGCCAUGGUGCAGAGCAGCAGCUUCUCUGCAGCCCCGGGAUGUGCCCGUGUGGUUUGGGCCAGGCGUGAGCUGCUUCAGUGCCCAUACUAGGAGCCUGAAUAUUUGGCUUGACAGGUAAAAGCGUUUUAACUCCUUUCUGACGAGUUGCCCGGUGUUGUGCUCACUGGAGAAGCUGUUGGCCGCUUGUGCGGGGCAAGGUCUGGGAGACAAGGCUCCGUCCAGCUGCAACCAUAAGAUGGUUUGAGCCAAGCAGGGUCAGAUGUGCCUUGGGGAGAGGUGCUUGGCACCCUGAGGGUCUGCAUCUCGGCUCGUCCGGAGGGGAGCAUCUCCGGAGGCACCCUGUCCUUUUGGGAGACGUGCUGCCAGGACCCCCCCCAUCCCUGGCAGGGAGGGCUGCAGCUCCUGCAGCCAGCUGGGUCGCUCCCCAUCCUGCCUUUGCUUUGUCACCAAAGGAUCGCUUAAAGUAUUUCCCUUUCAUGAGUGCCUAUGGAGCCCUUGUUACUGUCCGAGUUGCUGCCUGGGGGGCCGGGGGCUGCCAAGAGCCAUGCCAGGGCCGAGCGGGGUUCUUCCCGCGGGAUGUGCCAAUGGACAUUGCACUCAUGGGAGCACCCACAACAUGUGGCCCUGGUUCCUCUCCUCUCCCUCUCUGUUCCCUUUCCUUUCCUCCUGGCCUCUUGCUGAGAAUUGAAUGUGGAGCCUUUAAAAAUAUUUUUGUUGCAGAGUAUAUUUUGCAUUAGCUGUAAUAGAUAUUAUAAUGACUCUGUGCACCUUCUAAAGAUUUAUGAGUUCAGGUUGCUGCUUGUAAUAACCAACUCUCGUUAUACCCAAGUUGUAAUUAAUAUGUCUGAUGUACAAUUAAAAAGUCUUUUUUUUUUAACAUCA